GUAUCUCCCAACCUCAGGCGUCAUGGCUGCUUCAAAUCCCUCAACACUUCUUCCGCUCGAGUUAGUGGACAAAUGCAUAGGCUCACGCAUCCACAUCAUCAUGAAGAGCGACAAGGAAAUUGUUGGAACUCUCCUGGGCUUUGACGACUUUGUUAACAUGGUGCUGGAGGAUGUAACUGAAUACGAGAGCACGCCGGAGGGCAGAAGAAUCACACAGUUGGACCAGAUCCUCCUGAAUGGGAAUCACAUAACUAUGCUUGUUCCUGGAGGUGCAGAAAUGGUUGAUUAGUUCCUUUCAAGCUCAUGGUAUGUCUUCAAAGUUGCAUGGCAUCAUUUAAAAAGGAUAUCGUUGCCAAAACUUCUGAUCCUGAAAAAACUUUGAGGAUUAAAAGGCAAUGAUUCCGUCGGAGCGCCCUUUGAAGUCAUUAUGUUAAUGGUCAAACAUUUUUUAUGUUAUUAUUUUGAAAUAUUUAUUCAGAAAAAUGUGUCUGAAUUUCUAUAUUGUAAAUCUGCUUGUUUUAAUUUACUGAGAAUACUGAAGAAGUUUGUUGUUUUACAGUGAUGAAAUUACUUUACAUAUCUUGAGUUAAGUACAUUGUUCUUCACUUAAUUUUAUAUUUAUAACUUCUAAUCAGUAAUGUGACUGAUUUAUUUGUAACAGACUCCAUAUUUUUUGCCAUAAGAAUGUCAUCCCAUGUUUGCAGAAAAUACUCUUUGUACAAUGAAUUGAUACAAAAUGUCAAUCUCUGGCUGUGUUUUAUAUGAAAUACAGAUACUUUAAUAAAUGA